AUGACCGCUAACGCAGAAUCGAAUCUUUCGUCAUCGAUGUCACAAUAUGAAGGCACAAAUGCAUCAACGAGACCAUCUCGAAUAGAUAUGAUACCGCAAUCACCAGUUCAUCAACGGCGAUUACCAUUACCAAAUACAUUAACAUUCGAACAGAGCAUUACAAAUCUUCUCGAAAAAGAAUCUCCAUUAUUACAAUCGGAAUUGUUAACAGCUGAACACGAACUAUCUGUUUUACGUUCACGUUUAGCUGUCAACGAAGGUGUGACAGCUGUAACAGGUACCAUUCUCGAAUCACUCAAAGAACAAUUUGAACCACAUCACAAAGUUGAUAUCGCAACUUCACCACUUGACAUCUAUAAGCAUAGUUUAUUCAAUCAAUCGUUAGCCGUUCAAACAUCGCCAAUGAUUGAAUCAUUUCCCGAAAUUCCCGAAUCGGUCGAGAUCCAUUAUGAUGCUCAAGCUCCGAAAAGCCCGUAUUUACUUGUUAAAGCGAAGAAUUUAUUUUGGAUCGCACAACCAAUACCUGUAUCCGAAGCUGAAACGCAUUUACAGAAGUUUUCAUCGCCGGUCAUGAAACGUGCAACUGUUAAAUUACCACCAGCAUUCGAUCAAACAUUCUUAACUGACAGCGAAACUGAAGAGGAACUCGUGGCAGCAGAGGAACCCAACAAACGACAACCACCACCCGUCGAAGAAAAACCGUUAACGAUAGAAAAUGUUCAACGUUUAGCUGAUAAACAUCUUCAGAAGUUAAAACAAAGUGAAAAUAGCUGGUCAAUGGAAGUUAUUCCGCCGUCAGUAGUCGAAGAAACAAAUAGCCCGACGAGAGGGAAGUCGACACAUCAAGAUUCAGUGGUUACUUCCGCAGGCAAUCUCUCUACAUUACCGAUAAAACCAACGUCAGAGUUGAUUGAAGAGGAUCUGAAGACUGAAAUCUCACCGGAAGAUCAACGUUCAUUUCCUGAUGUAAAAGAGCAGAUAUCUGAAAUGAAAACUAUUCGUUCUUCAUCGCUUUUGCAAAUUGAAGACCAAAUCGAACAAUUCGACGAUAAGAUCGAUGAACUUUAUUCGAUUAUUGACUAUUUAAAGAACAAUCAGUUUACUGCAGCAAACUUCCAAGAUACUCUUACGAAAAUUCAUGAUUUGAAAGCACUUAUGUCGGAUAUUCAAUUGAGCAAAACUGAUGAAUUACGUAUUGAAUAUGAAUUAGAUGAAUUAGAAAAUUUAUUUCAAACUAUCAACGAAAAUUUACAGAAUAAUGCUCAUCAAGAAGAUUAUAGUUUAAUUGAAUUAUUCGAACAAAAUGUCAACGAGUUACGUCGAAUUAUCAAUGAUAUCAAAUCAAGUAAAAUCGAGGAUUUGCAAUCAACUAGAACCGAUAUUGUUGAGCAGGAAUCGAAAGUAUCAGCAGAAAACGAUUGGACACCUGAACAAAUGGCUGAAUAUUUCCAUCGUGGGCCCGAUGGUCGACUAUUGUCACCCCGGCAAUCGCAGUCUCAUCUCAUUCCUGAAGAUCCUGUCAUCACACGCGACGUCUUUUUCGAAGGAGAUAAACCUCCUCGAGAAAAGAAAACUUCAUUAACACAUACCACUCAUCUCAUACCGGAAGAAGCGCGAAUUAGUGCAGACAGCUUCUACGAAGGUGAUAUCCAUCGUUCGUUCUAUCACAAGGAGACCAAAGACAAAGAUACGAGCGAACACGAAAAACCGCUCAUACCGGAAAGUCCGCUGGUAUCGGGUGAUGUUUUCUAUGAAGGCGACCCACACCGUUCACUAUUUAUCGAACGCGCACCAUCGAUACAUGCUGAACGACAAUUAAGAUCACCAUCACCACCACCAUCGAUUGAUAAUCUUCGAGAAAUUAUGAGUGAUCUUAUGCUUGCUGCUUCGUGGACAAAAAAACCGACGAAAAUCGAAGAACAAUCGGGAAAAGAAGAUGAAGAGAUUUUAGCAGAAUCAUUUAUUACAACUGAGCAACGUCAUCCGCCUGCAACUUCAUAUGAAAUCGUGCACGAAAUCGAAAAUUUUCCAUUAUCAUCAUCGGCCAUUCAAAUCGAAGAACCCGAUACCAUCUCGCCAUUCAGUGCCGAAAUACCUAUUGUUAUACAUCGAACAAUCUUAACUCGACAAGAGACAGAAAAUUGGCCACAAGAAGAAUCACAAAUGAUCGAAGAGACUACAGGUGAAUUAGAAAAAAUUACACAUGAAGUUCGAUCGCACGCUCAAGAUUGGAUACAAUCAUCGAACCAAAGAAAAGAAGUCUAUGGCGAACAGUAUCGACCCGAGCGAAGAUUUAGUGAAGAAUUUCCACCGAUCACAACACUUCAACAACAGUCUACUACUAGUGAGAUGGAGUUAAAACAGCCGACUGAAGAGAUUGAAGAUGAAACUAUAGAAGAUGUGUCACAUGAUUACGAACACCGAGAUGAAAAUGAUCAAUCGCACAUUGAACGAACUUGGAGUACAGAUAAAAUCUUCGAACCUUCGUCAACAAUGGAAACUGAACAUGAAUCAUCGAUUCGUACUCCCGACCAAACACACGAAAAGUUAAUUUCGGAUGACACCACUGUCGAACAAGAACAAGAUCAACAAUCAGGCAAAUUUUAUAUUGGAACAUUACAAGAUAUCAAGCAGGAAGAAACUUCAGCUGAUCAACAUGAAGUGGAGUCAGAUGUACAAGAUCGACACGAGUUGCAGUCAGAACUAAGCUCUGAAAAGGUCGCAAUAGAUGAAGUGAGAUUUGAGCGCAAGCCAAGUGUGCAACAAAUUAUCACUGGAUCAACUGAACAUAUUGAAGAUGAAGAUGAGAAACAUGAAGAACCAAAUUAUUCAUCACAGCAACAUAUUAGCGUUGACCAAGCUUUCCUAAGAUCUUCAUUAAUUGACGACAAGGGUCAUCAAGAUGAUCAAUUUUCCAGUGAUAAAGGAACUGUGAUUAUACCUGGUGAAACAUUUGAACAAGAAAGACGUGAUAUUGAAGAUGAUCAUAAGCUUGAACCAAGACGAAGCUCUGAAAGAGCUCACACCGAAUCUCCUCAACCCAGUGAACACGAAGAAGAUGAUCAUCAAGUUGAAGAUAAAAUGAAAUUUGAAGUUCCGGUUGACAAAAACGUUGAAACUGAUGAGAAAUCAAUCUCGAGAAAAGUUAGUACAACAUCAUCACGAUCCAGCAAACAUGAAGAGGAUGUGCUUGAAUCAUCUCAAGACAUCCAAAGUCACAUGUAUGAAAAAGAAAAACGGCUUAGCGCUGAGGAAAGUCCAGUCGCAGCUCAACACGAAAGUGAAUCAUUCCACUUCAACGAACAUACUAUUGAAUCUUCACGAGAAAGUGAGCACAAUGACGACGAACAAACGGAUCAAGAUUUUCCAGAAGAAAAGCGAAGGAUUGAACAAAUAUCAGUUACGCCUUUGAACGUAGUCGAACAUGAAGAAGAUAAACAUGAACUAGUGCGAACUCCAAGUGUUGAAGAACCUCAUUCUCAAUCACCGCGACCCAGUGAGCACGAACAGCCAACUAUGCAAACAGAAUUACAAGAAGAAGAUCAGCAUGAAGAGCAUCAUUACGAACAAGAAAGACUUCGACACGAAAAUGUGAUUCAAUCACUCUCUCAUGAUACCCAUGUAGACGAGACAUACGAACAACAAUUGGCACGAACACCAAGCUCUGAAAAAUCUCUCUCUAACUCACACCGAUUCAGUGAACACGAAGAACAAGAGGAACAACAGCUUGAACAGCAAUCUAACAUCGAUCAUACAGUUGUUCAUCCAUCAUCUGACUUCACCUAUCGACAAGAUGAACAUGAACAACGAUUGACGCGAACGCCAAGUGUCGAAAAACUUCAUCAAGAAUCUCCUUACAUCAGUGAACCAGAAGAAGAAGAAAAAGAAUAUUUGGAACAACGAUCUAACAUCCAUCAAACUUCUGUUUCGUCAGUGUCUAACUUUCCACACACAGAGAUCGAACUUGAGCAUGAGCUAGCAAGAACAUCAAGUAGUGAGAAACUUCGUUCUCACUCUCCGCAAAUCAGUGAGCAUGGGGAGCAAGGAGAUCAUCUCGAACAACAACAACAGCGCAAUGCCCAUGAAAGUCGUGCUUCACCGUCAUCAGAUUUGCCACAUGAAGAAGAAGACCAUCAACAAUCAAGUGUCGAUGAAAUGGUUGUCCAGCCAACAUCCGAAUUUACAUACCAUCAAGAUGAACAUGGAAUGGAGUUGGUUCUUACGCCAAGUACGGAGGAGAUUCGCUCUCAACCGUCUCACAUAAGUGAACAUGAAGAACCAGAAGAAGAAGAACAACAACAACAACAUCGCUUUGAACGUCAACCUAGUAUUGAGAAAUCUGCUACUGAAACAGUAUCCCAUGUUACACACACAGACGAGACGUAUGAACAGCAAUUAGUACGAACACCAAGCGUUGAACAGCUUCGUUCUGAAUCCUCUCAAUCCAGUAAACACGAGAAAGAGUCUUACCUCGAACAACCAGAAGCUGCCGAUGAAACUAAUACCCAACUAUCAUCCCAAGCCAAACAUAUAGAAGAGACACAUGAACAACAAUUAAUACGAACACCAAGUAUCGACAAGUCUCGUUCUACAUCUAUUCAUUCUAGCGAACAUGAAGAAUAUGAGCAGCACGAAAAUGAACAUCAUCUCGAAAGACAAACAAACGUCUAUAACGCUGUUCUAUCUCCAUCAGCUGAAUUUACGCAUACAGAAAAGGAGCGUAGACAAGAAUUACCAUGGACACCAAGCGUAGAAGAACCGCAAUCUUUAUCUCGUCAAUCUAGUGAACAUGAAGAGAUAGAAGUAGAACAUCAGCUCGAGCGGCAAGCACCAUCUGACAUCAUACAUGUGGAAGAUGAACAGAAACAACAACUAAUGCAAACACCAAGUAUUGAAAAACCGCGUUCUGCAUCUAUUCAAUCCAGUGAACAUGACGAAGAGCCUCGUCUUGAGCGACAAGCCAGCAUUGAUAAAACUGUUAUUCCUCCGUCAGCUGAUUUCGCCCAAGUGGCAGAUGAGCACAAAGAAGAACUAUCAAAAACAUCAGUCGUAGAACAACAUCGUUCUGAAUCUCCUCAAUGUAGUGAACACGAAGAAUAUCAAGAAGAACACCACUUUGAGCAACAACUUAGUGGCGAGAAAAUUCUUGCAACUGGUUUCGGACAUGUCGAAGCUGAAUAUAAACAGGAACUACUACGAACACCAAGUGUAGAAGAACAUCGCCUCGAACGACAAUCUAGCAUCGAUAAAACUGUUAUUCCAUCAUCAGCUGAUUUUAUACACGUGGACGAGAAACACAAAGAAGAACUUCUACGAACACCAAGCAUUGAAGAACCGCGUUCUACAUCGCGCCAGUCCAGUGAACACGAAGAACAAGUAGAAGAAGAACACCAACAUGAGCGUCAAUCUAGCAUCCACGACAUCGUCACUGAACAACCACCUCAUACCACACAUGUAGAAGACGAAUAUAAACAGGAACUGCUACGAACACCAAGUGUAGAACAGCAACCUCACUCGCAAUCUUUCGAACUUGGCGAAGACGAGGAACAUGAAGAACAUGAUGAAAAAGAAGAACAUCGUCUCGAACGACAAUCUAGCAUCGAUAAAACUGUUAUUCCAUCAUCAGCCGAUUUCAUACACGUGGACGAGAAACACAAAGAAGAACUUCUACGAACACCAAACAUUGAAGAACUGCGUUCUACAUCUCGCCAGUCCAGUGAACACGAAGAACAAGUAAAAGAAGAACAUCAGCAUGAGCGUCAACCCAACAUCGACGACAUCGCCACUGAACAACCACCUCAUACCAUACAUGUAGAAGACGAACAGAAACAACAAUUAGCGCAAUCACCAACUAAUGAGAAAUCUCUCUCUGCAUCUCUUCAAUUCAGUGAACAUGAAGAAGAACAUCGCAGUGUCGACAGCGAAUCUGAAGACGGCAAAGAUGAAGAAAACCGUCUGGAACGACAACGCAGUUUGGAUCGAAUCGUGUCUACACAACCACCUCAUGUUACUCAUGCAGAAGAUGAACAUACAGAGGAGCAGUUAUUGCGUACGCCAAGCAUUGAAGAACCUCGCUCCAAAUCUCCUCGAUAUAGUGAACACGAAGAAGAAGAAAAUCAUGACGAACAAGAAAGAUACGUUGACGAAGCACAUGUUCAACCAAUGUUUGACGUCAAACAUACGAAACAAGAACAGUUAGUACGAACACCAAGUGUGGAAAAAGUUCUCUCUGCAUCUCUUCAAUCCAGUGAACACGAAGAAGAAAUUGAAGAGCCUCAUCUCAAACGAGAACCUAGUACCGACAAAACUUCUGUUCAACCGUCUCAAUCGACAAUUGGCAAGGAACACCAACAAGAACAUGAAACUGCUUUCGAACAAUCUCCAGUCAUAUCGGAAAGAAGUAUUGUAUAUGAAGAAGAUCACCAAUCUGAACGGAAAUCUGAAUUCAGUCAACAGGAACCCGAAGCGGAAGAAGAUAUUGUCGAAAAAGUGGUCGACUUGCAUACAGAACAACAACAUCCUGUAGAAAGAAUUAACAUUGAAUCUUCUCCGAUGAUCGAAGAGAAAGAAUUUCAACAUGAACAAUUCUCGAUCGAUAAAGAAACUGCGAUUAGUCCAGUAAGCGCAACACUAACAAGAACAGAUAUGAAAUCUCCGCAGUUCAGCGAGCAUGAAGAUGAAGAAGAUCAAUUCGAGAAAUCAGUCAGUUCGAAACAAUCACUUAUUGAAGAAGAAUAUGUAUCAGAACGACCAACAAGUCUAGAAACUGUUCACAGAGAAUCACGUCGAUCAAGUGAAGACGACCAUGGACAUCAAUAUGAAUAUCAACAGCAUUCGAUUACUGAACAAACACAUGCUGAAUCUCCAGCAUCAUCCGAAGAUAAACAUGACAUUCAAGUUUUGAAACCAGAACAUAUAGCUGUUGAUACUCAUCAAUCAGUUGAACCUGAAGAAGAAAAAUAUCAAUCCGAAAGAAAAGUCAGCUCAGACCAAAUUAACAUGGAACCAUCGCCAAAAGUAGAACAACACAAAGAUUUCUAUGAACGUUACCCAAGCACACAAAGUGCGGGAGAGGAAAAAUCCGAAGUCACAGAUCAAUCAUCACUGCAAAGUUCACAACACAUUGCAGAAGAACAUUUCGUUGCCGAUGACGACGACGAUGACGACAAUGACGUUAUCAUGAAAACAUCUCAUGAAGACGAAAAAGAAGAGAUUUCCUCCACUGUUCAGCCUAGCAAAAGAGAUUCACACAAAUCUACAGAAGAUGAGGAACACGAAACACAACGACGAUUAAGUGAACAUCGUACCAGCGCUGAAUCAUUACCAUCAUCUGAUACUGAAAUGGAAACUAAAGAAGAUCGAACUCGAUACGAAAAGCAAUCGAGUGCUGAGCAAGUGCCUGCUGACAGUCAUCCAACAGCUGAAGGACAUGAAUCUGCUAUUGGCACAAUUGAGCACAAAGAUGACAAAAUGAGCGAUGUGAAAUUUAUUGUUGCAUCUGCACCUUCAUCAUCAUUCGAAGAAGAUCGAGAAUCACAAGACUUUAAUCUCGAACCUUCUCAUACAACUGCCGAAGAUCGCGCCGAUGCUUUUGAACAAAGACAUGACGAUCAAGAUAAAUCUGAUCAAAAGGUGACAGUACAUGACACUGUUGCUGUAUCAUCUCAUGAAGCUGAACAGCAUCCGUUCGGACGGGAAGAGAGUACCGAAGAAAUCAUCACGAAAUCUUCGCCAACUAUUGAAACUAUUCCACAGACUUUCGCUACUUCUCCUGAUGAAACUGAAAAGUAUGAAACUAGAAUUGAACACGAUUAUAAACCUGUCAGCUACCCAAGUUCGGAAAGAAUCGACACUCGAUCUCCGCCAGCAACUGAACAUGACGAAGAUCAAUAUCCAGAUGAGUUCAUCACUGAAGAAGUCAAAUCUGAAACGGAAGACAUGCACAAAUUGGAGGAAGAAAAACCAACACCAGAUGAAUCCUUCACUCAAUCAUCACACGAAGAUGACGGCGAACUUCCAAAAGAAGUUAUUCAUGCAUCUCAUAUCUCGGAUGCAGAAGAAGAAGAACAGUAUCAGUCCGAACAUGAACACAGCACUGACCAUCUGGUAGCUGAAGAAGUAUCUCCAAUAAUUGAAUCAAAACACUUUGCACCAUCUACAUCGCAAGAUGAGGAAGAACUUCCCUCUCCAUCUGAACAAAGACGAAGUUCAAUUGAUCAACUCAGUGCCGAACCAACGCCAGCGUUAUCAUCAAAAACAUCGAGUGCAAAGACCGAGGAAGAAGCAACCGAGCAAGAAUUUGCACGACGCUUAAGUGUUGACAAAGUGAGUAAUAAAUCACGCGUAGAUAGUGAAUCUGAGGAAGAGCGUCGUGAUGAAGAAAGCAAAGCACAACCAGAUCAAGACAUUCUCGCCAGUUCUCAAGAACUUGAAGAACAUAAGACAUUUGAUCACAGCAUUACGGAAACUCACCAAGAAGAAACAAAUGAUUUCACGAGAUUGUUAAGUGCGGAACAAGUUGCUCUUUCCUUUCCACAAAUACUUAAUGAAGGUCAAGUCGAACGUAGUCCGAGCGUCGAAAAGAAAUCCUCUAUUGAAUCUCCUGACGAGCACGCUCCAGAAGAUCAUCAUAUCACUGAAACAUCACCAAAACAACAAUAUCCAUAUGAAUCGUUUCCAAGUCAAGAUGAACCUUUCCACAUGGAGUCGGCCAAGAGUUUCGAACGGGAAAUUAGCGAUGAAAAUUUUGCCAACGUGCAAUCAUCCGUCCGUUCGGAUGAAGAUGAAGUCGAAAGUGAACAACUGAAACGACCAGAGCCAUGGACGCAAUCAGCUUUCCAACGUGAAGAAAUCUAUGGUGACAAAUAUCGACCAGCGAAAUAUGCACUUGACUCACCAGUUGCUGAAAAUCCUGAAUCGUCGUUAAUCUCCCACGUUCAACAUUCAAGUAUCAUAUCUCGUACAAUUCCAUCUUAUCAAGGCGACGAAGAGUUGGAACACGAAGACGAAGAUGAUUUUCGACCGACACACCUUGAUAUUUCACUUCCUGUCGAACAAGAUAAGAAUCUGUUCAAAACAUCUACCCCUGACACAGAAUAUAUUCUUUCCAAAUCUGACCGAGAUGAUCAAUAUGAAAAAGUUCUUGAACAAACAUCACAGAAAUUCGUCAGUCGAAUCCUCGAUGAAGCUGUUAACGAAACUGUCGAACAAGACAGAAACUACUCUCUCUAUCAAACAGCAACAGGCAUUGUUAACGAUGUACUCGAUAAUGUCUACACAAAAUAUGAUGAUGAAAUACCUUCGUCGCAACGUGAUGAAACAACCAGUGCUGAUGUAUCGAUUAGUGACUUAACUGAUUGGUCAAGUUUGGUUAAGAACGUACCCGAUGCUAUCACAGAAGAAAAGCCAACUCAACUGACAAGUAGUGGUAGUGAUCGGGUUGACGUCGAGAAAGAAGAAGAACAUUUAACAUCAGAUGACGAAGAAAAAGACAAAUCGAUUGAAAAUAUCACCGGUGAACCAUAUUUAUCCAUAACAGAUGCAGCAACUGCCAAAUCAACACAUGAACUUGCUGACCUUAUGCAAGAGUUACAUAAAUUUGAGCAAGAAAUCAACGACAAUAUUGAUAUUAUUCGUUCGUCGUCACCAUCAGCAUCAUCAUCAAUGUCCGACAAUGAUGAAAUUCGUCAUUACGAUGUAACUAUCCCACCCGUAAUCGAAUUACAACCUACCGAAGACAAUUUACACUUACCUGAAUCAACGACCAGAAUUGUCGAUCAGCCUGAUAAAGCGACAGACGCUCCUGAACAACACGACGAAAAGGCCUUGCAAUCAGCCAGUGUCGAUUCAUUGUCACGUGAUAUUCUUCAAUAUCGUCACGAUUCACAAUCAGGUGAAUCUCAUCAAACAGAACGUCGUCCCUCGAGUCCACCGGGAUCGCCAUUAUUGAAAAACGAAUUUGUUCACGUCACAUGCUCGUCAAUGAGCGAUGUUGACGAAGCGCAAAAACAACUACAGCAUGAACAAGACGAUCAUCCAGGUUUACAAAAAAUGAUAAUCGACGUUAUCCAACAGGCGCGAGUGAACGUUCAAGGCGAGCAUUUGGAUAUACCACAAAUAAGAAAGAAGUCGAUUCCCACACUCUCUACUGAUCAACGGCGUGCACCUCACAUUCAAUCAUCAGGAACAAGUAUAUCAGAUGACUUAGAUUACUCUCAUGAAGAUAGCACUGGUGAUCGAUCGAGUGAAUUAGCUGCUCAACUGGAUUAUCUUCGACGCAUGUCGCGCUAUGAACAUCUAAUGGACGAGCAGCAGCAACGAGAUGGAACAGAAGCUGAUCCAACAGAUGGUAAAGACAAUGUUUCUCAGACGACAGUUGGUGAUGAAGAAGCAGAGUUCGCUUCGAACCAUUAUUUAAAGAGUGUUCGUGAAGAGCAACUUCCAUCGGAUGAAGACGAGGAUGAUGAAAUGAAAAAGAAGUCGAAACGGCAAUCAAUUACUGAUGACCAUGAUAAAUCAUUAUCAGAACAUCAUGAUUCCGAUGAUGAUGACGAUGAUCACGAUCACAAAGGUGAUAAGCCAUUAGUUUCGUCCAUUACACAAGAAACAACUUCAUCUGAAUCACAACAACAGCAACCAUCGACUUCAAAUGAAUCAAAUCAAAAACAAACUUAUCAAUCUUCACACCAACAACAACAACAACAACAGAGUCAACAAGAAAUGGAAAUGAGCACGGACUCUAUCAAUGAAGAAAUGAUCAUUAGCCAAGAUUCUCUUAAACAACAGUCAUCUGAUUCUCUCGAUUCGGAACAAGAAUUAAAAAUUAUUUCGCCGAAAACUCCUGUCGAACCGCCAAACGAAACCUAUGAUUUCAUUGUGAAACAACACCAAAGUGAACCAACGCCGAGUCAAAUGAUGAAAAAAUAUUAUGAUGACGAUGAGUCAAAUGAUCUCAAGCCAUCAGCCAAUCGAUAUCCAUUAAUAUCCAAUGAGAUCGACAUCGGCCAAUUACCAGUUAUUCACGCGCGUCGUACAGCAAGUGAAAACAGUCUUUUCAGUACAUCGUCAACACCGUUACACAUGUACGAUGGUCACUCCUUGUCCGCAUCGUGUUUGACCGAUAAAGAUGAAUUGACACCAUCGAAUGAAUACAUGGAUGAUCAACAGCAGAUUUUAUACGAUGAAUCACAGAAGAAUCAGCAGAUCUAUCGUGAAACAACUCGAAAAGAUGUUGAUGACGAUAAUCUCGAAUUUAAUCCAAGUUCCUCUCCAUCAACAAGUGCAGUUGGAUUUUUCGAUCGUGUCAAAGCAUUUGUUGCUAAACCAGUAGAAAUAGUUCAAGAAGUUAUGGAGAAUCGUCGUAAGCAACGCUCAACAUCUUCAUUGAACAGUAACUCUGAUUUUACUGAAAAACAACUUGUGGACAAUGAAAACGAAUCAUUGACGUCAUCGCCACAACAACAUUUUCACUCAGCCUAUGAAUUACAUGACGACGAACAAAACAAACUCGUUCGUAGUCCGGAAUUAUACGAAAUAGAUAAUAUCAAUAAUCUCGAUCAAACAACCUUACCACAUUUACAUGCGCAAAAUCGUACACAAUCCGAAGUAGUAUUGCCCACGAACGGUUCGAAACGUGAUAGUUUAGUGGCAGCCAACAAUGAAGUCUCGGAAGGAUUUUUACCGACGAUCUCGAAAGACAACUCACUAGAAUUCAUACAUCAACAACACCAACGGCAUUCAACACCAUACGAUGAUGCUGUAGAAAAAGAAUCAAGCCCUGAACAUUCUGAAUCGUGCAGUUUACCAACAUCAGCAUUUUUAGAUACAUUCGAACCAACAAGUAGUUGUCAAAGACCACUAGCACUGAAUGCACCCGGACAACAAUUGCAAGAAAAAGCCGAUGAAACAAUGACGGAAGAAGAAUUCGAUAUUCUGACGUCUGAUUACGUUAAUCAAGUAUUAACCGAUGUUGUAGCUCAAAUGACUGGUGAACAUGAUGAUUCGUCUCACAGCAACAAAAGUGACCACCAACUAGGCGACGGUACUUCAUCUGAUGACGAUGAUGAUGAUGAUGAGGACGAACUUCGUGAAGAGGGUGAAGACGAACAUAAACAAAGUCAAAUACCAACCGACACAAGUUCAUUUGGUUUCAACGAUCACUACAGUGCUGAUGAAUCGUCGAAUACUCGUGAUCAAUCUGCUGAUGAAGACCAUUCAGCUCGAUCAUCGACAACAACAACGCCAACAAAGAAUCUCCGUCACUCAUAUACAGAUGCUGAAAUUCUCAAUCUAGAGCAAUCUCCAAAAGCAUUAUCACCCUUACCACCGCCACCAGUCAUCGUUCGUCAUGGUUCUCAAUCCGAUACGGGAACAUACUUUAGUGCAAUAUCACCAUCCAGCGGUGGCGAAUAUGUCGAUGUUCGCAGCACCAAUUCGACUGUUGAUGAUGACAAAGUACGUCUUCAACCGCCGACUCAAUCGAAUUCUAGUCAGUAUUUAACCGCCGACGAUGAAACACCAAACUUCUUAACAUCUGAUGAUAAUGAUUAUGCUGAUGAAAGCGGAACAAUCAAUCCUGGUUAUGAUGAUUCGAGUUCCGAUGAGAAACAAUCGAAUGAAACUCAAUCACUAUUCUCGAGCACGACAACCAAUGAAAAACUUCGAGAAGAGAAAUAUUCGGGCGAGGGCGAAGAGAGUAGUGGUGGAAAUCAAGAAGCCACACAACGACGAAAACGUUCGAAUGAACAACGAUUCUCGCUUUUGAAUGAUGCAACUGGAAAUCUCUCCGAAAACAUUUCGUCGAAAAGCGUCUCAUUCAAAUUAGAUACCAAUGAUAUUUCACCGCGUUCACCACGAUUACCACCCGGUAGCAGUGGGUUUACCAGCGGAAACUUUCAUCGAGAGGAAAGUGUAGAUUCACUGAAUGGCGAUUCCAAUGAAAAACAAUUAAUCAAAAGCAUUCAAGAAGAAAUUCUUCGUACUAAUCUUGCAACAUUGAAAACAGAUUUAGAAUUAGGUGAAAGCCAAACUUAUCCACUAGCAUCAACUCCACCGCUAGAAUCACCAAAGAUGCAAACAACAACAAAAACUGUAUCUCAUUCGGAUUAUGAUGCUGGCAGUGAAAGCGACCGCGAUUCCUCGUUACUUGAUUCCAUUAAAUCGACUAUUCAUAUACAAUUAGAUGAUAUUUAUCAAGAAAAAGAAACAUUAAUUGACCAGAUCAAGCUCAAAUUCGAACGUUCAUUAGAUCGUCUGAUCGAAAAAACUCUCGCUGGCGACGAUGACACCAAUAAAUCCGACAUCAUCUCGCCAUUCACUGAUCAAAGUCUGAAUCAAUCACUGCCAACAAGUGAACCAGCAGCGGCAAUAACCACCACUACAGCAACAAAUCUCAUUCACGCACAUAGUGAACAACAGCUGCAAGCUUGUCCGGACGAACUUGACUAUGGUACAUUGCAACGUUUCAGUUCGGACAGUUGUAUCAUUAUUCGCGUACCUGAACAAUAUACACCAUCGUCAACGUUAUUUUUCGAUCAAUUGAAAGCUGAACAACUUGAACAGAAACCAACGAUUAUCGAAAAGCCAACGUCAGCGUUUAGCUUCUAUACAAAACAAGAACUACCUCAGCCAUCGAGUAGUCCAAUUGAAAUGUUAACAGUUAAAACAGAAUUGAUUGAAAAUAUCUCACCGAUAAAUCGCUACACACCACGUUCGUUAGACGAUUCAGCUUUAGAUUUCGGCGAACGAGACAUCGGAGAUGUGUCUGAUGAGUUCGUUUUAGUAAAGAAUAGUUCACCAUCGACAAACCCGAAAGAAAUUAAAACCGAUACACCAUCCAAUUCUUCAUCAAGUUCAUCUGAUAAACACGAAAGUCCAGACUUAAUUGAUAUUCUUCAACAUCAAUGUGAAUAUCCCCCACUUGAUACUGGGUUCGAUCUACGCUCGGGUACAACACUGGAAACUGUUUAUGAAAGUCCUGAACUACGACAAGACGAGAUCAAACCUGCUCUUAGUACAUUAAGUUUAACAACAAGCGAUAUUCUUCGUCCGUAUUCAACUGAACAUAAUUCGUCAAAUACACCAAACACCGAUGAUUCAUUAAUGGAAUUCGAACGUAUUGAAAUGGAAUUGUUAAAGAAUCCUUCAUCAACAAACGUCACCGAUGCCGCACGCGAAAUACGUUCGUCAGUUGAUUUGUUAAUUCAACAACAUGAAACAAAUGAAAACACGAACAACAACAACAAAGUCGAAUCGUUUAUCGAAAAGCAUUUUUCAUCUGUUGAUAACGAUGUACAAAAUGUUCUCAAUGACAUUCUCGACAUGGCAGGUGAUUUAACUAAUUCUAUUUCGUCGCAAUCCGAUGCAACAACUGUUAUCGAAAAAUCACAACGUCAUUCGAUUGAUGAUGACUUCGUUGAAAUCACACAUGAAGACCUACAAAGCCAAGAACAGAAUCUAUUUUCAUCUGAUGAAGAUAUUCGUCAGCAUCAAACAGCCUCGUCUAGUCAUGAUAAACGCCGUUUAUCCGCACCUACACAUGAUCAACCAACAAGACGUAUUAAAACUCCUUCAUCCAGUUCAUCUUCUUCUUCCUCAUUUUCUUCAACGUCUCGUUCUGUGAUAUAUUCUCAACAACAUUCAAUUUCAUCCUAUCCUCAACAGCGGAUCUUACAAGCUGAAACUGACCUCGCCAGUUUUCGACAACAACCGCAGACGCAAUCGGCAACGGAUUUACCAUUUCUACCUCCGUUUGUCAAUGCCAAUCCGGUUCGUUCUCGACAUCAAUCCUCCGCAUCAGUUUCAUCGUCUCCAUCCGUUAGUCAAACAGAAUUGUCGACUAGCCAACCGAAGAAAAAAACUCACUCGCAUCCCGGUUCGUUAGGAGGUCAUCAUCAAUCUCCUCGAUCAACAUUACCUAAAGAAGGAGUCACUUCUUCGCCUCUCACAUCUAUGUCUUCGCAUUCAUCGUCUUCUUCUCAUCAUUCCGACGAUUGCUAUUGUGCAGAUCCAUCAACUAGUCAACAGCAUUAA